UAGUAGUAUCUCAGAUGAACUGGCAGAGAGACUAAAUUAAGGAAAAAAGAACUUAGCAUUCUUCCAUUCUUUUCCUUUCUUCCUUCUCAUGAGUUUGCAAAAUUUAAGGUGAGAGAGAAAGAGAAUAAAAAAACAAAUUAUACUCUUUAAUACCUUUACAUGGGCUUGUCAGAGAAGUGAAUUUUAUAGUUUUAUACUUCAUUUUCCUCUGAAAUUUCCCAUUUAGAAUAAUUCCAAAACAAAAAAGAAACUCCUUUCAUUUUCUUCUAAGUUCCCAUUUUUUUUUUUUUUCAAGAAUGAGGGAUUUUGCUUCUUGUUUUAGUGAAUAUGCAGUGCAAGUAGUAUCUGAAACUACUUCUUGUUCUAGUUAUUCAAACACUUCUUGUUUCCCUCAAAAUUCUUCAACUCCUUCAACACAAAACAGUGUCACUAAUUUGUACAAGGUCAGUUUGUCCAAUAAAAAACAGUUCUUGAUCACAGUUUCAUGGUCCAAAACAAAUGUGUCACAAAGUUUGUACAUACAAUUUGGUGAUGACCCUUCAAAUUCAUUCAAACUUAGCACGAAUUCGCGUACUUUCAAGAAGAAAAAAGGGAGUAAAGCAUUUGAAUUAUUUGAUCAUACAAAGGUUGAAGUUUUCUGGGAUUUGUGUGAAACUAGGUACAACAUGUCUGGUGGUCCUGAACCAAUUGAUAAGUACUAUGUUGUUGUCACGUUUGAUUCAGAAAUUGGCCUAAUUCUUGGUGACAUUUCUGAAGAAAAAAAGUUCAAGAAUUGCAACCCCAUGGCCAAAUUUACAUUAAUUUCAAGACAAGAACAUUUUUCAGGCAACACCCUUUAUUCAACAAAGGCACAAUUUUGUGACAAUGGGUCAAAACAUGACAUUUUGAUAAGUUGUAGUGGUGAAAAUGAAGGACAAAAUCAUCAUCAUAAUCAUCCAGUUUUAUCAGUUUGUAUUGAUAAGAAGAUGGUAAUUAGGGUGAAGAGGCUACAAUGGAAUUUUAGGGGAAAUCAGAGUAUUUUCUUGGAUGGUUUGUUUGUGGAUCUUAUGUGGGAUGUUCAUGAUUGGUUCUUUAAUCCAACCUCAGGUUCUGCUGUUUUCAUGUUUAGGACAAGAAGUGGAUUGGAGAGCAGAUUGUGGCUAGAAGAUAAAGACAAGUUGAUGCACAAGAAUCAAGAUAAAGUUGAGUUCUCAUUGAUGAUCCAUGCCAGUAAGAGCACAUGAUUUUUCUGAUUUUCUAUCCGGUGUCCGGUAUCUAACUUUGCGUUACCAACUAAUUCGAUUGCAAAGAUUUUCUUCUAUUACUUCUGGUCCUACUGCAAUUUUUAGUGGUGUAAGAGCACAUAAUUGAAAGGUGUUUAAUUUCUUCUCUUUCAUUCUUUUCCUUAGAAAAUUUCUGUUGUUUUUUCCUCUUAACCCAAUUUUUUUUUUUUUGGUUUAGAUUUCUCAUUUUAACUUGUAGAGUUCUCUGGAUUUACACUUCAUCUCUCAUGAAAAGAAAAAAAAAAGAUGGUAGAAGUUAAAGGAGAAAGACUUAUUAUUUUGAUUGAUCUUGUUAGAAUGAAAGCAGCUUGAAGAUUUUGAAAUAUUUGUUGUAUAUUUUGUCUGACUAAUUAUAAGAAUCUAAUGGAUUGUUUUUCUUUU